GUCCUUCCCUAGCGAACGGAAAAAGGUCAACUGGAGUCUACGCGGUCACGAUUUCCAACCGACGGUUGAUCAUUCGCAAGUGAGAGUCCGACCGCUCCGGUACAUCCGAGAAAAUGUGGUUGCGCGGCGUUACCGUUCUUGUGGCAGCGGCGUCGUUGGCCGGUGUUUACGGUGCUGAAGAGAAUUCGGUCAGUGUGGUGAUCAAUCCGAGAAAUGUAAUCAACUACAUCAGCCAGGAGUUUGUGGGCUUUUCGGCACAACCGAGGACGGUGUUUGAAGACUCGAUAAAUCCAAUUAGUGAGACUAGUUUUCUGAUGGCCCGGAAUUUGGGUCCGAUGUAUUUCAAAGUGUUCGGUGAUUCCGGUCAGCUAGAAUUGAAUAUGGCCGGUUCCAGUGAAACACUGUUCGACACGGAACUGAUUCAGCUUACGCCGAACGGGUGGAAGGCAUUCGACGAAUGGGCGGAACUGGCCGGUGUGAUACCGGUUUUCGUGAUAGACUACAGUGGUGAAAAUUGGAAACCGAAAAGUGCCCUCCGAGUGUUGACCGUCGCUCAUAAGUUGGGUAUCCGAGAUUGUCUUUGGCAGCUUGGCAGUGUAAACAUUACGAACGCAGUUAAAUAUGUGGAAGAUUUGCGAGCACUUCAGCUGAUCGUUAGGGCGUUCAAUUUCUGGGGCAUAGUGGCCGCUGAUGUCAGUCCAACGACGGCCGGUGUGGAACAGGCUCGGUAUUUUAAUUUGCAUGUGGACGAUAUUGCCGAUGCCAUUGCUGUUAGUUUCGAGCCGUCAUCGAAAGACCUCCGGCUGAAAGAGUUCGUAUUCCAACGAGAAGCUCACAUCAAAGGUCCGGCCCGAUCGCAUCUUCCGGUGUGGUUGGAUGCAAAACUACCGUCAAAUUUGGGACCCAACGGUACUUGCGAUCACACGUGCCUUCAAGAAGGUCUUCAAUAUGCCACCUUACUGGGAGAUGCAGCCCGUAACGGAUUCGAUUCCGUUUUCAAAUCAUUGAGCCGCGAUGAAGUACAGUAUUACGGGUUCAAUUACCUAAUUGCCCUUCUGCACCGAUCAAUGGUAGGUUCCAAAGUUUUCGACGUUCGGCAGUCUAGCAAAGAUGGUGCUCAAAUCUAUGCUUACUGUAGUCGUAGCGGCAAUGGUUCAAUCACGGUGAUGGCAACCAAUCAUUUAGCAGAAAACGUUGAUUUUGACUUAACACUUUUAGUCAAGGAACCCUCCGCUGAUGUACAUCAGUACAUUCUGAGCAUUGUCGACGGCGAGUAUCUGAUCAACGAUGAAGUCUACGACUUCCAGACUAGCCCAACACCUGUCAAGAAAGUGCAUCCACUCUUAAAAGAUUUCCACCUUAAUUUACCCGCCCAUUCUGUAGGGUUCUGGGUCAUUCCGAAUCUUAAACUAAGGGAAUGCUACGACGACUACCAGGAAAUGCGUUACAAAUACGCUCGAAGCAUCGACGAGGUAGAAAGCACGGUCGAGAAACUGCUACAGGAACUGAUCGCAGAACGAGCCAAGCAGGACAUUACUCAGUUCAGCCGUCGGAAACGUUCGGUUACCAACGAUCUGAAGGAGAUGUUGACAGGAAAGCUGAACAGCGGAAGCAAUCGAAAGGAAACCGAAGUCGCCGCCAGACAACCACGCCAGACGAAAACUUUUCGACGCAAACAACAAAUUGUCGGGAAAAAGGAAAAACGUAUGGAACAACGAAAUCUGAAACGUCAGAAACGUCCGCUGCGUGAAAGAGGAAAGCGUCAACUGCGUAAACGAACUCGACGAAUCAAUCGAUUGCGUCCGUUUGUGGCAAGCAAAAAGACCAAGCGAUCCUCGCUGGCGGAAGAUCGUCACCAAGCGCCGGUUUUCGGAAGUAGCCGCGAGGAAGAGGCCAACCGGUCUGUUUUUCCACAAGGCGAUGUCCACCUAGUGAUUUCAAAGGGAUCUUUGGAUGAGGAUACUUCCAUAGAGAGUUUACCAACACGAGCACGCCGUACCAAAAAGCCCCGAAAUUUGAAGGCAUCUAUUGUGAAGGUGCCAACGGAUGAGGAACUAAAAUUUGCCGUACCGGAGGUUGUACCUAAAAGACGUGCGGAGCUUCCCAGAUGGCCGCAAACAUUGGAGCUUAACAUGGCAGGUUCGACCAAAUCGAACUUAUAUGGGCAACCAGAAAUACCUCGGGGACACGCUAAAAGAAUGAAUCUUGACCAGCCAAGUUUGACUGCUGUGCAAGAUAUUAAGGUUUUCGAGCCCAGCAUGGGAGCGGCUCAGAGAGUUAUGAAAACUACUACGAAUCGACAGGUUGUUGAACAGGAGGUGGCAACAGAAAGCUACUAUCAAGAACCAGCUGAGGAAAUUGCGGAAAGUAGAAAUUUAGACAUGAUUUCUGUUGACGAUCCAAAACAAACAAGUGCCGCAAUAGCCGAGGAUCAUCAGACCCAAGGAUUCUAUGAUCCGUCCGAAUUUACUAUAUCCAUGUUGCCAGAGGGUUCCGAGGAGGAAGCCCACGUGCAAGAGUUCUUCAGACAGAAGCGCUAUGCCGGUUCGGAUCCGAUCGAUAGCAUCGAAGUGUUGUUCCAAAACAACACUAGAUGGCAGCAGCAGUUUGCCGAACUAUUCAGUAUGCUGCUGGAAUCGAUCGAUUGUUGUGAUGGUGUUCCAGUGGUUGAUGCAACUGUGGGCGAUUCGGACGAGCUCACCGAGAAUCAACUGCAGAGAACAAAGCGGAACGUACUGCUACAUCCGCAGUCCUGGGAAUCCAGAGAAAGAUCCAACAAUUUGCGUCAACAAUGGGCAUCGGAUGAGUCUCGCGAAAACAUGAUUUCCGUGGAAGAGGACUACACUACCCGCAACCCUCGACGAAACUCCGGGGAUACUCGUGUGCGAAACUCUACCACCAGCACCAGCAAGCCACCGGUGGACGAAGUUGAACGACCCGGAGCGAUAAUGCUACGCACCGUAACCAAUUUGGUGAAAGGUUUUACGACCGAGUUCCAUAGGAUGUUUUCCAGCUGGUUUCCGCGAACCUCGACUGAGUAGGCUAAGGUUAACGUAAGAAAGUGAUAGGAAUAAGUUUGAU